UUGUACAUAGGUCAGAAAAAACUGGGAAGAGUGGCCACUCCAGAUCCAUGGAAGUCAGGUGCAAAGGGUGCAAGUGGUAGUAAAACUACUGGCAGUGGAAGAAAGGUUGGUGAGAACAAAUUAUUAACAGCCUCAAAAUCAAAGUAUUCACCAUACAGUAAAUCAUUUGUCAAGUGUCGUAUCUGCAAGCAGUCUGUACACCAAGUUGGUUCUCAUUAUUGCCAGGGUUGUGCCUACAAAAAAGGUAUGUCAAAGGUAAUCAUUUGGUGUACUGUGAAUUUUUCAUUUUAGUUUUUUAUUUGUUUCAUCACACGGCAAUACAAAGAGAAAAUUCACAGACCGAUGCAGCGGUGGCAAAGAGAAAAUGAAAAACCCAAAGAAUUUCAGCACAAAAUAAAUUAAAAACAGAAGCAUGGCAUAGAUUAUUCAAUUCAAUUCAAUUCAAUUUAUUAUAUCAUUUGCAACGCAUACAUUACAUCACAUAGAAAAUAUUGUGGCUCUUUUUAACAUGGACCAACGUCCAAUUCGGCAAACAAUGAACAAAUGGAAAACAGUGAAUUAUCAGA